AUGGAGCAAUACAAGACAAGACCAACCAAACAGUUCCUUCGACGCAACUCGGCACCGAGUAUCGAUGGUAUUCAAGGUGCUGAUGCAGCCGAUUUUGGAGUGAUACCUGCAACAUCGAUUAUGCUAUCACGUUCUACCGUACUCGACAAGGCGCCAUCAGCAGCAGCCAGCAGCACACCCCCCGUGCCAACACCGUCUCCUUCUAUGCAAGCAGCACGUACCCAUCAACACCGUUUGAAUGCAGCCCAAGAGCAACGCACUUAUCAAGAUAGCCGUCAACGUCUUUUGGGUCACAUUGGUACGGUGAUGGGCAUUUGUGAAGAUUUGAAACGUGAGCGGCGAUUCCCGGUUCAGUAUCCCAAGCAGCCAUUUUCUGUACUUGGCUUGGAUAUGAAAAUGGGUCAUCAAGCUGUCAAUGACAUCCACAAGCUUGAGAGUGGUACUCUUUCAUCAUUGCUUUUGGAAGACAAGUUAUCGCAUUGCCUUGGUCAUCUCGACAAUUUACGUGGAAGAGUAGCCGACACAUCGUCCAAGGUGUUGGUGACAGGUGACCUCAACUCGGGCAAGUCCACUUUUGUCAAUGCCUUGCUCAAGCGUGAGCUUAUGCCAGCUGAUCAGCAACCAUGCACCAACAUGUUUUGUGAAGUACUCGAUGCUACACUUAAUGAUGGCGUUGAAGAAGCACACGCUAUUCCAGACGUGACACAAUAUAAUCGUCUUGACUCAUCCACUUUCCACGUGAUCGAAAUGCGGCAUCUCAACAAGAUCAUCAUGGAUGAACAACCCUCGUCUCGAUACCAGAUGCUCAAAGUCUAUACCUCUGAUCGUCGCUCUACCAAUGAGAGCUUAUUACACAAUGGUGUGGUCGACAUUGCUCUUAUUGACUCGCCCGGUCUCAAUACCGAUUCCGUAAAGACCACUGCUAUCUUUGCACGUCAAGAAGAAAUUGAUGUUGUUGUCUUUGUCGUCAGCGCUGAGAAUCAUUUCACUCUCUCGGGCAAGGAGUUUUUAUUGAAUGCUGCCAAUGAAAAGACCCAUAUCUUUAUCGUUGUCAACCGCUUCGAUUCUAUUCGUGACAAGGAACGAUGCAAACGUCUUGUGCUUGAACAAAUUCGCCAACUAUCACCCGCUACUUAUGCCGAUGCCGAGGAUCUUGUCCACUUUGUGAGUGCCGGCAGCAUUGAUAUUUCAGAGGAAGGCACUACUCCCAAGUCUGUGGAUGCACCUGAAUUUGCACGCAUGGAACAACGCUUACGUGCUUUUGUGCUUGAGAACCGAGCCAAGUCAAAGCUUCAGCCUGCCAAGCACUACAUGGUCAACUUGUUGCGUGAUGUCUCAUUGUUAUCCGAAAGCAACCGAAGCAAUGCAGCACAAGCGAGUGCGGAUGCACAACGACAACUUGAAAUGGAUCAACCCGCCUAUGAACACUUGUUGCAGUUACGUGAUCGCUUGUUGCACCGUGUUGAAAAGAUGGCUGGCAUGGCAACAUCCCAAAUCCAACGCCAAGCUGCUGCACGCCUUGAAGCGGCUGUACAAGCCAUUGGCGAACACACGAUCGAUCAACUCGAAUAUCCUGGCAUCUUGCUUAUUUGGCAAUAUGCUCAAGACUUGGCGGAUUGCAUGUCUCAACGUCUCUUUAAGGAGGUGCGUCAACAAGAAAACAUGACCAAACGUGAAACAGCUGCUGCUCUUGAAAGUAUCCAUACCAUGGCUGUUGAACAUCUUGGCGACUUCCCUGUGCGUGCGGAUGUGGAUAGCAUGAAACGUAAUCGUCAUUGUGUCACUAUUGACGUUGAAGCUACGGACUUUUUCGAUUUGGAUGAGAAGCUUUCAGGAUGUGCCAUCUCCCUUGGUGCUGCUCUUGCUGUUGGUAGUCGUAUGAUGGGUGUCAAGGACGUUGUCUCAAGCUUGGGUGGUGUCAACAAUAUUCGUCGUAUGGUGAUCCCUGCUCUUGGUAUUGCAAGUGCUGGUCUUAUAUUGUACGUGGUGUCUGAUAUGCGCUCAGCUCUUGAACGUAAACUCGUUCGCAAGUUCCAAGCUGCAGCUCGUGAUUCAGCACACACUGAACAACAAGCACGUCGUAUGGCUCGUGAGUCACGUAAGGUGUUGCGUGUUGAAGGAUGGGAUAUCCAAGCUCGUUUGCAAAAGGCUAUUGAAACCAAGGAGAGUCAACGCAAUGAGAUGACCGAGGUGGUUCAUACUUCUCAAGAAAGCAUUGAAUACUUUACGGCUCUUCUUGAGAAAUCAGAUCAGCUACUUGACAAGGUUGCCAGCAUUCAAACGGAUAGCACCACACGUCUUUAUAACUAA